GGCAACACCAGUAACGCCAUACUUCUGAAAUGCUUUUUUCGGUCGAGUUUAUAAUAUCCGCAUAAUUCUGAAAAACAGCUAAAGCAAGUAAAAGAAGUAUUUAAAAACAGAUAUUUAUGCAAUUUGGGUAAAUGCUGUAUCCAAUUGCCAUAACGUCAAAGUGAUUAACGCGCCAAAACAUUGCAAAAUAGCAAUUUUCUGGGAAAAAGCGAUAGCAGAAAAUAAUUCGAGUGUGGUGAAAAUACGUUUUACGCAUUUUACUGUGUGUUCGCCCAUCAGCUGCGGCUGUCAAAAGUUGCCGUGCGUGGUGGGUAGCCAGCCACAAGCCGAAAACAAAACACGAUAAAAUUAUGAACAACAUUUUGUAAACAAUAAAACGUGAGUGUACGAAAUGGAUAAGCGCUACAAAUGGAAUGUCAGCCAGCAGAGAGGUGGCUACGUGGAGCCACAACAAGCCUAUGGUCAACAUAUGCCCAGAUCCGCUUAUCAACUGCCAUUCAAAAACUAUUCGCGCCUCAAUCAUAGCUAUAGCUAUGGUAAACAUAAUGCACCUGCUCCCAGUAACAAUUACUACAAGAAACCGCCCCCGCCUCCACCGGUGCAUGCCCGAGAAAGUGGCGGCAAUUGGUUGGCGCAAGCAGCGGAAUCGGAAAGUGCCCAAAACAACAGCUCCGAAGUGGUCACAUUGAUUGUGGAGAACAACAAUUUAAAAAACAUGAUAUUGCUGCAUAUGAAUCUAAUGCAGGAGCAGACUGACCAACUCAAGGGUAAAGACAAGGAGCUGGAUGAUCAAAGCGGUCGCAUCAAAACAUUGCUGUCCCAGAACCAGGAACUAAUGCAGCAGAUUGCUAAGCUCAGUCAAAGGAUUGACGAUUUACGUAAUCAACUGCGACGGUGUGUCAAGCGAACGGCGAACGAUGAUGAGGAACAGCAGAUGUCGGUGCCCAAGGCAAAGAUCCAGUGUUAUGUGGAGAAACAAACCCAAACGCUCGAUUUGCUUCACGAGGAGCAGGAGGAGGUGGAGGCGGAGGAGGAGGCAGUGAUUCAUCGCUACGAAUCACCGAAAGUGAUUGUCACAUCUGUCACUGAUUUGCCGCCCACGCAGCCGGUUGCAUCUGUUUUGGAUAACAGCAAAGGUCGCGGAGAAUUCAAUGGUGGCAAAAAGGUUAGCACGAUAUUCCUACAUCGUGUGCACCAGGAGAAGUCUUGCAUUCAGUUGCAAGAUGAUGAGCAACGGCAGGAAGAGGAACAGGAUAUGGAGGAUGAACAAGAAGCGAAUGAUUUGCAGAGGGUGGUAGAGGAGGAGCAGGUGGAGGAGGCGGAGGAGCAUAUCUAUGCGGCGGACGAAAUGGAAGUUGUAAAUGAAACGGAAAUUGGUGCCGAGCAUGAACUGGUUACCGAGGAGGUGGCAGAAGAUGAUCCAGUCAACAAUGGUCACAUCUAUGAAGAAGAAGUUGUGGAGCAAGAAAUUGACAACAAUUGCGGGACGAGUAAUCUCUGGCAGCACGAGACGACGCAGCAGGAGCAUGAGGUGGAGGCGGAGGAGGAGGAAAAUGAAUCGUCGGAGGAGGAGCAUGAGACAGAGGAGGAGGAUGACGAUGAAGCAGAGUCGGAGGAUGAGACGGAACCGGUGCCAGAGCCAGAGGAAGAGAAAGUAACAGAAGCAGUCCAGGAUCAGAUGUAUGUCGUCGAGGAAGAAGUAGAAAUUGGUCAGGACUCUCCUUUUGCCCACUCAACGCCCCACCCCAAGCAAAUGGAACUAAAGGAAAAGCAACAACAAGAACAGCAGCUGGAGUCACAGAUAACGCAAGAAGAGAGGGAGGAGGAGAAGCAGCCAAGUCCAGAGCUGCAAAUGGAACAGUUAAAUAAUAAACUGGAGCUGGAACUGGAACUGGAGGAUCAGCAGCAACAGCAAAAACUCAUUGAAAUGGAGUGUCAGCAGUUAAUCAUGGAACAUGAAGUGCAUGUCAAUCAGGUGGAAGUGCAAUCUGUGGAAAUGUUGCAUGUUGUCCAAGAAGAAGAAGUGGAGAUGACCCAGACGAACCAUAUAGAUACAAUGUCACUUAAAGCGAAUGUAACAACAAAAUCAAAUCAUCAGGCACCAAAGCCGAAGAUAGAGGGGAUCGUAGUUAAAUCUAAGCAACAAUCAACAACAAGGACACCCAAAACGAGCGAGAAUGAAACUCAGACAGCAACAGUAAAUGAUGAUGCAGAUUGGCGACUAUCAAAGGAGCAAAUUGAUGCGUCAAUGAAAAGUAUUGUACCACGUUUUCCAUCAAAGCCAAUUGAAGCAGAGUCAGCGAUUGAGCGUAAGGAGCGGAAGAAGCGUGAGUUAAAGGAGAAGGAGAAAAGGCUUAAGAAGCUGUUGAGACAGAAGAAAGAAAGAAAUGUGCAGCGGAUAAGGGAGCUGAAACGGGAAAAGGAGCUGCAGCGGGAGCAGGAAGGGGAACGUGAGAAACAGCGAGUGCGGGAACAGAAAAAGGAACUGGAACGAGAACGGGAAGAACGUGAGCGCGAUCAGGAGAAGCAACAGGCAAAACAUCAGGAGCAGCAGCAGCAACAACCGUCGAAGGCGAAUAUUGACGAGGCAGAAAUGAUGCGAAAGCUGAAGGAACACUUACAAAAGCAACAGCAGCGUUUGCAACAGAAUCAACAGCAGAAUCAGCUGAAUCAGAAUCCGACGGUGCGGAUCAAGAAACAAUCGAUGUUGAGUACCAGCCUUAUAUAUCCGCCAAUAGCGCCGGCAGCAUCAACGAUAACACCAGCGCCAUCACCCACAAAUGCAGCGUCUCCAAAAUUGAAACCAUCAACCAACAACAACAACAACAACAACAGCAACAGCAGUAGCAGCACAACAACAAUACAGACACCAUUAACACCACAGUCCAUAAGCAGUGUGGGUAGCAAUAGCAACAGCAACAAUAGCAACAACAACAACAACAGGCGCACAGUGGUCAACAAUUGCUCGCCGCACACAUACAGCAAGCAGAGCAGCAACAACAGCAAGAGCAGCGGGAAAAGCUCUUCCAGAUUUGUAACAUCCUUGCAGCCAUACACGACACGCUCGUGGGAGGAUCAGGAGUUUCACUGUGACAACGAAUUCUUUCUGGAAGAAGCCGACGAGCUGCAUGCCGACAAUCCCAGCCUCGAAAUACCCAAAUGGAAGGUAGUCCAAUUGCGACACAGUGCGGAUCAUAAGAACAUUGAGCCGCUCAGCGAUGCGGCCUUCGAGGAGCGUCACGAUAAGUAUGUGCGCGAUGAGAAGGAGCGAAAGCGACGGGAUGAGCGUGUUAUACGCGAACAGAUACGCAUUAAUGAAUUGCGCUCGCGCCAUAAUCAGGAUGAGGUAUUGGUGGCGUUAGAUCCAUUGCCGACAUCCACAUUCUAUCCGCUGCCCGAGGACAUCGAGGGCAUACAGUUUGUGAGCGAGGUGCCCGUUCAGGCAUUUGGCGAGAAUAUGGUUAAUCUGCAGGAGCAAGGUGAUUACUUUUCGCUACCCUGGCUGGAUGCGGCGACCGCAACCACGGCGAUUGCCAAGGCUAAAGCGGAUGCCCUGCCAGUUGCCACAUUGGAUAGCAAAAAGCUGCCCACAACUUAUGCCGAGGCGAAGCAUCUCCAGAACAAUUCCUCGUAUGUGUUCCUUAAGCUGCGCAAGCGACAGCGGCGGCGUUAGUAACCAAUUAGAGCUCCACCAAUUUCAAGUCGCAUGCCAAAUGCCCUGCAAAAGCCUUCUUCAAACUGACGUUGCAUAUUGCUGAUACUAUUAUUAAUGUUUUUUUUUUUUUUUUUUUUGUAACAACUUUUUUUUCAUAACUUUAAGUUUAAAUUUAUAGCGAACAGUCGUUAGUUUCUUUCAAAUUACGUAAGGAAGUAUGUUAAAUAUUUAUAUUCAGUCAAAAAAAAAAACAUCUCAGCUUUACCACAAUUCAAACAACAAACAAAUAAGCAAAUUAUGUUUAACCUAUUGCAAAAUUAGACUCUUUUUUUAUUUUUAAGCGCAAAGCUAUAAAAACUUACUGUAUAUGAACUUUUUUUUCUAUUAUAUUAUUAUUAUUAUAUAAUUUGUGCAUCUCUUCGUGUAUUUAUAAAUUGUUAUAUAGAUCCAACUGAUGCUUCUGCUGUUGACACUUGUUUUUAAAUUGUAUGAAUGUGUAUGUAUGUAUGAGAUUCUGGUGUGUUGUAAGGAAUUAGUUACUCAGGUAUUUAAUUGUAUGUCUGCAUUGUAUGGAGAUUUGUUCUUGUGUACUGAUAAAUGUCAUAAUUAAUGUUGUAUGUAGAUUUUACAUACUUUUAUCUAGUUUUUAUUGACAAAAAUAAGAAAAGAAAAGAAAAUGAAGAAUGUUGAUAAGAACAUAUGUGUACAUCGGUAGAAAUAUCGGCAGGAUAGCGAAAGCAAAAGAUCUGAUUUAUGUCAACAAUUAUAUAUACAUAU